AUGGUAAAGGCACUACCCAAAAAGUUCAAGAUGCCACAGCUAACAACUUAUUCUGGGAAGGGGGACCCUUAUGACCAUAUGCAAAACUAUGAGACAGUGAUGCUUCUACAUGGAUGGGAGGACGCAAUCAUGUGCAGAGCAUUUCCGCUUACUUUAACAGAGCCUGCACGCAUAUGGUUUAAUAAUCGAAGGAAGGAUCAAUUUCAAACUUCAAUCGAGUUGAGGAAGGAAUUUAUAGAUGGGUUCCUCAUUAAUGCUAGGAGAAAGAAGGGACGCUUCAGUAUCUUCCCGACCAUUAAACAAGAAGAGAAAGAGAGCCUGAAAGACUAUGUUGAAAGAUUUCGUGCCGCUACCUUAGAAGUACAGGAUCUUCAAGCCACGAGUGGGCGUGAUCGGGGAAUGCUUCAGGGACAAGAUGUUAUGAGGCACAUUAAUGCUGGAAACAGAGAUAAGAAAAGAAAAGAUAGAGAUGAAACGAACGAUGAAGGGAGAAAGACUGGAAGGGGAAAUGAACAUAUACAAGUUCCAAAACUCAAAUUUGAGAACUUCACACUAUUAAGCCAACCACGUUCUACCAUCCUAGCAAGUAUAGAAGGAUCUGGGCUCCUUACCUUUCCUCCUAAGGCAAACAAGACAAUGGGCAAAUUUACAGACGCAUACUGCAGGUUUCACAAAACCCAUGGACACUCAACUGAUAGAUGUAGAGAACUGAUGAAUGAGAUUGAAUCUCUAGUGCGCUAA